UCUCAGCCUAACCUACUUCACAGUGUUGUUGUGAGGAGAAACUCAAGUAUGUAGUAUACCGCUCUGGGCUCCUUGGAGGAAGUGCAGGAUAUAAAUGUUGUAAUAAUAAUAAUAAUAAUAAUAAUUUUCUUUUUUCAGUCUCUCCUCCCCCAUUUUUCUUUUUCUCUGGUUUUCUUUUUCUAUUUUAUGCUGAGUAGAGGCCAUCAAAAAGAGAAGAAGAAACUUUCAGCUGUUGGUUCCUUGAAAAAGACUCUGCCAUUCAGUUCCAGCGAUCACAGAGGUCUGUGUGUCCUACAUCUAUACAAGAUAUCUUAUCCUUCUCUGAAAAUGUUUGAGGGAAACCAUACUGCUGUCACUGAGUUCAUCCUCCUGGGCAUAUCAGAUGAUCCACGAAUGCAAAUCAUCCUCUUUGUGGUGUUUCUCAUAAUCUAUUUGGUCAAUGUUGUGGGAAAUCUGGGCAUGAUCAUCCUGAUCUCACUUGAUUCCCAACUUCACAACCCAAUGUAUUUCUUCCUCUUGCACCUGUCUUUCUGUGACAUCUUCUAUUCAACUGCCAUUGCCCCCAGAAUGCUUUCUGACUUAUUAUCAGAGAGCAGAACUAUCUCCUUCUCAGGCUGCACUGCCCAAUUUUACUUCUUUGCAGCCUUUGUAGAUGCCGAGUGCUACAUUUUGGCAGUAAUGGCCUAUGAUCGCUAUGUUGCCAUCUGCAAUCCACUGAUCUAUUCUACUGCCAUGUCCAAAUCUCUCUGCAUCCGGCUCUUACUUGGAUCAUACAUUGCUGGCACAACGAAUGCCAUAAUACACACAACUGCCACCUUCAGCCUGUACUUUUGCAGCUCCAACCUUAUCAACCAUUUCUUCUGUGAUGUCCCUCCGCUCCUGGCAAUCUCUUGCUCUGACACCCACAUCAAUGAGAUUCUGCUUUUUGCUUUUGCUGGCUUUGUCGAAAUGAGCUCACUCUCUAUCAUCCUUAUCUCCUACAUCUUCAUCUUGGCUUCUAUCCUGAGAAUGCCCUCUGCAUCAGCAUUCAAAGCCUUCUCUACCUGUGGAUCCCACUUCACUGGAGUAACUUUGUUUUAUGGGACUGUGAUUUUCAUGUAUCUACGGCCCACUUCUGUCUAUGCCCUGGAUCAGGACAAAUGGGCAUCUGUGUUCUACACUGUGGUCAUCCCCAUGCUUAAUCCCCUGAUCUACAGUCUGAGGAACAAAGAUGUGAAAGAAGCUUUUCAGAAACUGAUCUACAAAAAGCUGCGCUCUGUUUUAACCUGA